GAAAUAAUCAACAAUGAAGAAACUCCUCAGUCAAGUCUAUCCAAGACAGCAAGGGGGCGAUAAAACCGAAAAACAGGCCCAACAAAAAUCAAAAGCCCUGCGCCGGAUCUUCCGUCGCCUAAAAGGGACCAGCAUCGAUACACGCCCCUUUCCAUUCCUCAGCCUCCCCCGCGAGAUCCGCGACAUCAUCUACCGCGAGCUACUAACAACCCCUGCCAACGGCACCCUAUGGAUCCGAUACAAUGUCAGCCUGCCUGGAUCCAGCGCAAGAUGCGGCAACUGCACACGCUGCACUUCCAGCUCGGCCCGGGCCGCUCCUGGUAUGUGAGGAAUAUCGGUUCCGUGUCCCCCGAAUGGCAACAGUUCUUCCAACGAGGCUGGAUGGAGAAGAUUGUGGCAAUAUCCCACACAUCACGACUUUGCGAGUGGAUGAUGCGUUCGUUCAGUUUUGUGAUCAAGUCCGGGAUAGUGAGUGGGCGUCUUUCCGUGACCU